AUGAGAGAGGUUGAGGACCUUGAGGUCACUGCUCUAAAUUCCCAAGUUGAGAUCGAGUUGGGAGGGACUUCGGCAUUUCAUGAUAAUCAUCCUGAAGAACCGAAGAAGAUGAAGGCAACUAUUAGUCCAUUUGUUCUCACGUUCAACAAUUUAACCUACAGCCUUAACAGACGUAAGGAUAUAACACUUCCAAGUAUACUUGGCAGAAAGGAUUCUAAAUUAAUAAAUACAUUGUCGAAAAAAAAAGUGCUGUUGAAUGAUAUCUCUGGUGAAGCUAGAGAAGGCGAGAUUCUAGCUAUACUCGGUCCUAGUGGUUCGGGGAAGUCAACCUUGAUCGAUGCACUUGCGAAUAGGAUCUCUAAAGAAAGCUUGGAAGGAUCGGUGACAAUAAAUGGCGAAGCUCUAGACUCUGGUGUUCUUAAAAUGAUAUCCGCUUAUGUCAUGCAAGACGAUUUGUUAUUCCCUAUGCUAACAGUGGAGGAGACACUCUUGUUCUCGGCUGAGUUCAGAUUGCCUCGUUCCCUCUCGAAAACAAAGAAGAUGGAAAGAGUUCAAGCUGUGAUCGAUGAGCUUGGGUUGCGUAACGCGGCAAAGACAUUAAUAGGAGACGAAGGUUACAGAGGCAUCUCUGGCGGUGAGCGUCGACGUGUUUCAAUUGGAGUUGAUAUAAUUCAUGAUCCAAUUCUGUUAUUUCUCGACGAGGCAACAUCAGGACUCGACUCAUCUUGUGCUUUCAUGGUGGUGAAAGUCCUGCAACGAAUUGCUCAGACUGGGAGGAUAGUAAUUAUGUCUGUUCACCAACCCAGCUCCAGAGUUGUUAGCCUAAUCGACCAUUUGAUCUUCCUCUCACAGGGAGAAACCGUCUACUAUGGCUCCGCAACUAAUCUCUCACUUUACUUGUCAGAAUUUGGUCAUCCCGUCCCAGAGAAUGAAGAUACAAUCGAAUUCAUGCUUGAUUUAUACCGUGAGCUGGAAGGCAUACCCGACGGGACAAAAAAUAUCGUUCAGUUCAGCAAAUCUUGGCGGAAAGUUUAUGAGAAUAGACCAUUCAGUUCAGACUACUCGAAGGGGUUAGGUCUAAGCUUAAAAGAAGUAAUACAUGCUUCUGUAGCAAGGGGAAAACUCAUUCACGGAGACGUUGACAACGUAACUCAAACAUCCGCCACCUCCAAAUUUGCGAAUCCAUUUUGGGUUGAAAUCAUUGUACUAGUUAAACGAUCAUUAACCAACUCAAAGCGAAUGCCCAAACAUUUAAUGCUUCAAGUUGGUAGUAUUGUGAUUGUAGGUUCUAUGUUAGCUAGUGUGUUUUGGCGCCUUGACAAAAAAGCAGGAGGCGUUGAAGAACGAAUAGGGUUCUUCGUUUUCAUAGUGACUACCAUCUUCUUCAGUAGCACGGAUGUGCUGGCAGUUUUCCUCCAAGACAGGUAUAUAUUUAUGAGAGAAACAGCUUAUAAUGCGUAUCGCCGCUCAUCUUAUGUUUUAUAUCACUCAAUCAUAGUUAUACCGACAUUAUUCAUAUUAUCUAUUUUACUAGCAUCAUUAACGUUCUCUUCAGUAGGUCUAGAUGGCGGAUAUUCUGGUUUCUUAUUCUAUUUCUUUGCGAUAUUUGCAUCAUUUUGGGCAGGUAAUUCAUUAGUUAGCUUGGUUUCAGGAUUAGUUUCUCAAGUUAUGUUGGGUUACAUUGUAAUUAUGCCUGCAAUUGGUAUAUUUCUUUUAUUCAGUGGUUUCUUUAUCCAUAGAGAUAGUCUUCCAUCAUACUGGAUCUGGUUCCAUUAUAUUUCAGUGUUGAAAUACCCGUAUCAAGUUAUGUUAUUGAACGAAUUCGACAAGCCAGAUAUGUGUCUUGUCAAAGGUACUGCUGAACCAACUAUGUCCUGUUUAAUGACUGGAUUGGAUAUAGUAAGAAAGCAAGAUGCAACUGAUUUAAGCAAAUGGAGUUGCUUGUGGAUCGCUUUGGCUAUGGGCGUUCUUUACAGAAUUCUCUUUUACAUCUCUUUAGUGUUUGGCAGCAAGAACAAGAGGAAGUAA